UUUUCUUUCUCGAAAAAUCUCAAUCACAUUUAAAUACCAUCAUAAACAAAAACCCUUCGUUUUCUUUCUCUCUCUCUUUGUAAUUCUUCUGGUCAUCGAUUUUUUCUUGGGCUGUGUAUGGCAGUGAGAUUUUCAGGGUAUGAGGUAUCCGAUCUGUGUCUUGGGAAACCCGCGCUCCGGUCACUUUCUGUCACCGACACCGUAGCCGACGCCCUCUCCGCCCUCAAGAGAACCGGCGACAGCUACGUCAGCAUCUGGAACUGCCAUCACUCUCUCUCCAAGAACCAUCAACGCCAAGAAGAACCUCAAAACGAGGACGAGGAGGAGCAUAAUUGUAGAUGCAUCGGUAAGGUUUGCAUGGUCGAUAUCAUAUGCUUCCUCUGCAAACCCCAUAACCUCUCUUCCCCUGCCGUCGCGCUUCAAUCUCCGAUCUCCAUUCUCAUCCCCGAUAAUUCCGGCAUCGUCCGACAUAUCGAACCCAAUGCGAGCUUGUUGGAGGCUAUAGAUGCUUUGUAUGAAGGGGUGCAGAAUCUGGUGAUACCGAUACAAAACCAGAGCAGCUCAAAGAAAAGGGUGGUUGAAUCUUUGGAUUCCAUGUUUUGCAACAAGAACCGCACCUUCUGCUGGCUCACCCAAGAGGACGUGAUUCGUUACCUACUGAACUCAAUUGGGGUGUUUUCACCAACACCCGCAAGCUCCAUCAACACACUGGGCGUCAUUGACACUCAAAACCUCUUGGUUGUUAACUAUGAUGACCCUGCCUCCUCUGCUUUGGAGCUUCUCGCCGUUUCCCUCAUUCGCCAGAGUUCUGUUGCCAUUGUUGAUCCGCAGGGCAAGUUCGUCGGUGAAAUCUCACCGUUCAUGCUUAACUCUUGCGAUGAGGCCAUUGUGCCCGCGUUUGCCACACUCUCCGCCGGUGACCUCAUGGCCUACAUCGACUGCAGUGGUCCACCGGAGGACCUGGUUCAGCUUGUGAAGGAGAGACUCGAAGAGAAGAAUCUAGGAGCUGCUUUGGAGUUACUUGGAGAUGAAACUGGGCUUUCUUCUUGGUCCUCGUUUUCUUCAACUUCAUCUGAUGAAGAGUUUUGUUCGGGGAAGAAUUGGAAGCUUGGAGGGUACUCAGCAAGGGUAGUUAGGAGGUCAGAGGCCAUUGUUUGCUACCCAUGGAGCUCUUUGGUGGCUGUUAUGAUUCAGGCACUUUCCCACCGUGUGAGUUACGUGUGGGUUGUAGAAGAGGAUGGAACCUUGACUGGUAUUGUUACCUUUGAAAGCAUGUUGAAAAUUUUCAGAGAACACCUGAAAUCCUAGUGCCAACCCAGAGACAGAAGAUGAUGAAAACAACUGCUUCGCGCUAAUUAAUAAAUGCCACUCAUCUUCUUUAGUUUUCUCAAAAAAUCAAACAUGUGGUAGAUAACUCGGAUUGUGUCAAAUUUGUUUUUUGUUCAUAAACGCAGGUACACAGGUACCAGAACCAAAAAAGUUCCUUUUUCGUUUACGUGCUUGUGCGUAAGAGUACGACUUUUAUUAUCUUUUUGGGGAGAAUGAUAAUGUGGGUGCUUUAUUGAUUUUUCAUUUUUUUUUAAUGACUUGCAUAACCAAACUCAAAAGUAGAAUACUUUAAGAAUACAAUACUUUAGAGUAAAUUACGUGCACUUUAAGAAAACAACCCUUUCUUUAUAUGAAUUUAAUAAAGAAUUUUAAAUGUUUUUUAAAUGAACGAUGUUAAAUUUAGAUUUCUUAUACUUUUUGUUCCAGGAUGGGUUCCGGGUUUGGGACCUUAUUUGAGAAAUGGGACCUAAAGAGUAGAGAUGCUGUAUUGAUUCAUGGCCGGAAUUUGCCCUUGCUAGGCAGCCCGCCAUGCUCCAUAGCCCGGGUCGUGGGUCGUUGGAUUUCAUGUUUUGGAUCAUCUUCCACUCUCCCAAUUACCAUGAGACUUCUAUAAAAAAGGCUGAAACAGUGUUAGGGAGGACACACGUCCUUGGUUGGAGAUACUGUACUUAAUUUAUCAGUUGUUUCUCCCAUAUAUCCUUAGAUACAAACACUAGCUCAUCCUUGCUAGACAUCCAGUGUUUAACACUAUUAAUUUUGAUUCUUUUUAAAGAAUGCCAUAUUGUG